AUAGCAAACUUUAUCAUAUAGUUUUGUGUAAGUUGGCAAACUUCAUCUUCUCCUGUCUCAUAAGUAUUUAAACAAUAAUUUUUACACUCUGUUCAUAUUUAAACAAGACCAUAAAACGAUAAUUGAAUUGGUAUUCAGAAGGAAUCUACUUGGAGAAAGAAGUAAGGAAUCGACAAAAUUAAAAUUGUCGACGAGAAGAGAACAGUAAUUCAAGAAUUGCAUCUACCAAUCGUCAAGAAAUGGCGAUUCCAUUCGCUCUGCCUUCCGACGACGAAGCGGAAACUCAGACACAGCAGCUGGAGCAAUUGAUGCUCGAUCUAUACGCUGCUCUGCAACAGGUACUUCGAAGCAGGACAGCACAGCAUCCGUCAUCACGAAAUCAUCGGUUGCCACGACGAAGCGGUGACGACCGACAACUGGUGGUCCUGGUGGACUCUGAUCUGUCCCGAUUGCCGCUGCCCGAUCUCGUCCUGUCCGCCGUGGAACAACUUCCGCCUCCGACGCCCCAGGUGACGGUGUCCGCGCCCAGCAGCCCAACCAGGGACGCGGCAUUCCAGUUUCCGGAGUGCAGCGGGGACGAGAACGGUGCAGCACCGGUGCCAAGCCCAAGGCCACGACCGCGAAGACGCAGGCUCGCCUCGGAGGGCGGUGGCGCUACCAUGAAGAAAGGGCCUGCCACCGAGCGAAUCUGCAAGAAAUGCUGCGGCCACUUGGGACAGGCCUUCAACGAGAGCCAGUGGGCGAGCGUAGGCGCCAACCUCAGGAACAUCGCCGACGACUUUCAUGCGUCACAGACCAAGGCCGCCGAGAUCGAAAAGUCCCGACUGCCCGCGAUGGACCCGAGCUUCGCAGAUUCCAACAACACGAGCGGCUCAACCGACAGUAUCCUGUCGCUGCUGAUCCCGGCCCCCCUCCGCGAGACUCUGUGGACGACAGUGGCCUUGUACCUCGGAUGGAGGCUGGUCUCCCGUCUUCGAUAGACGCGACGGAAUCGUCGUUGCGUCGAUGCCACGACGAUCGACCACGAUGCCUCGAGAACGUUAAGAAUCAUCAUCACCGACGCUUGGAACCGACCCAACAGGGACAGCCAGUUAGGCGAGCCGUCACUCGGUAAACCAGCGACUGGCCUUCCUUGGCCCUUUGCACGCCGCACGAACCAACGGACGCCGCGCCCGUCCGCCAACGUUUCCACGCUCGUGAACCGGCAGACAGAAUUCUGCCUGCACGACUCCUACGGGAACAUCGAACGCGAUCUUCUGUUCUCGCGCCAACGUCUGUUCUCUGUGUACGCGUGUCCCUCGCCGCGCGCGAUCGAGAAUGCGCUCGCAUCGCGUACCCCUCGUUCCUUCGGCGCGGAUCCGUCGCGCCUCGAGGACGAGAACGCGGCGAAGGAUUCGAGGGAGGAGGAAGAGGAGGAACUCGUGGGACGCGACGAAUACGAAGGUAUAGAUAGCGGGAUUGACGAGGAGGAGCAGGAGGAGGAGGAGGAGGACGACGAGGGUGGAGCUUGUCAACUCGUUACUUGUCGUGAAGUCAGAGUUACCUGAGGCCAAGUACCAUUUCACGUUUGUCCGAUGGUUGGUUGUUCGGUGAUGGCCGAUGUAAAAGGAUGGCUCGAUGUCGUGUCCACGUACCGGUAACUCUGGCUCAACGACGAUCAAAGAGUCGCGUCCGGAAUAUAUUUCUCGUUUCCUUUUUUUUUUCUUUUCUUUUCUUUUCUUUUCUUUCUUUUUUUUGUUUUUUUUCUUCGUCGGCCUCGACUCGCGUAGUUAGUAUUCCUCGCUCGAGAGUGUCCAUCCUUCCCGACCGAGCGAUCGUCGCGCGCGAUCGAUUCGACGGCAAGGAUCGAUUUCCAGGUGCAUUCUCGCCCCGCGGCGGCGAUCGACGCGUGAUCAUCAACGAGCAGAGGGAACUGCUCGUCCGUUCGAUCGUUUGUGACGAUCGUUCGUCUUCCGGUUUUCGUUGCAUGCACGAGUAGGAAGUAAGAGGCGGGCGGAGUGUGUCUGUCUCUUUCUCCUCCUCUCCCUCUCCCUCUCUCUUUCUCUCUCUCUCUUUCUUUCGGCUGAUUUCAAGUAUAUAUGUUCGAAUAUAUACAUACAUAUGCGAGUAUGAUCGGAAGGUGAUGACGAACGCGAGGCCGGUCUACUUGGACGGUGAGGGCGACGGGAGGGAGGAUAUUAAGGAAGAGAUCCAAAGAGGACUUAACCCAAUAAUCAAAUGAUGAUCUCAUUACGGAUAUAAAAUAAAGAGAAUUAAAUAAAGUAGUGUGAUCACGGGAACGGGACGGAUCAAUGAUCCCCUUCUUCGUUUCUCUCGAUCCGACAUCUCUUUUCCCUCUUCUCUCUCUUCUUUCUUUCCCUCCGUAUUCUGCUUUCGAUUUUUCAUUUUUCGUCUUUUUUUUUGUUUUUUCUUCUCCCUUUUCUCCCCCCGUUAAUCGUAAGACACCGUAUUCCGUCCCGUUCUCGUCCCGGUAGGAAGUAUUUUGACGUGGCUUGUAGAUAACGCGGUUACCUAGCCGAUACUAAGGCAAGGCAGAACUCUAUCUGGGAUAAAAAAAAAGGAAAAAGAAAAAUGACAUCGUGCCAUGUCGUCUCGCGAACGGUCCAAGAUCCUCGAAGAGGGGCAAAAUGGCGGGAAGGGGAGAGGGAGGGGGAAAUGGAGAUUUCGUUUCGCGUGAUCUUAGAUAAUAAUCGAUUCAUCCAUCCAAGGAUCGAUCGAUUUUCGAAACGAAAUGAACGAUGAUCGUGGAUUAGAAUUGGGAUCGCUAGACGUUCAUGGUUGAUUGUCGAAUCAUUUGUAAAUAGAAAGUAUUUCGAGGAGGAGAGUGUUUCUCUCUUUUUCUCUCUCUCUCUCUCUCUCUCUCUCUCUGUCUCUCUCUCUCUCUCCCUCUCUCAAUAUGUAUUCCAAAAGCAAAAGAACAAAAAAAAAAUAUAUAUAUAUAUAUCUGAUACUACGAGAAGAAGAACGAAAAGAGAAUAUAUUGUAGUAUAAGGAAAAGAGAAAGAUUAAUUGCGCGAUUGAGCAGGUAGGGAAACGGGCGAGGACACGUAACGUGAAGAGGGGAGCAACGUAUUGUAAUUAUAGAGGAUUUAACUAAAAUAAUUAAAAUUCAGUAAAUAAGUCGACGUUUAAUAAUUAAAGUAGAUAAUCGAUAGAUCGAGGAUCGCAGCAUCUUAAUUGGCUAGCUGCGAGUCCCGUGGACAGUUUUCGAAUGAUCUCCGGUAGCUUAGCUCUUAGUGGCGCCCUCCUCGAGGACGCCUUUCAUGACGCUGAGGGACCGAGGGGUGUUUUGCACCCUUUGCUCCCGCGCGUCACUUUUUUCUUUCUCACUCUCCAUCUUCCCUCUAUCUUUCGCAUUUUCUUCUUCCUCCUUUUUUCUUUCUUCUUUCUAGCGCGGCUAUCUGUCUCUCGUGGUGAUAAUUAUGCUUCCUUUCUUUUCUUUCUUUUUCUUUCUUCCUUUUAUGAUCGACAUUUGCGAUUUAUUUUAAAAAUUUCUCUUCUCCUUCGCGCGAUCAUUCAAUCUCUUCUUCACAUCUUCAUUCCUCCAUUCCAUUCUAUUCACUCUCUUCUCUGUCGUUAAUAUAUUCGUUUUGUUAUUCGUCGAUUCUCGCGAUUAUGUAUUCUUUAAACGAUAAUUACUCUUUUUUUUUGAUCUCGUUAAUUAGCAUUAUAUAUUUAGGUCUUCGUUGUUUCGUUGUACUCGCGAUUCUAUAGGCCAUGUCCCGCCAUAUAUUGGCGCGAAUGCUCGUAGAAGUUCGAAGUGGAAUUAAUAAUUAAAGGAUAGUUAGUAUCCCUGAUCGAGCCUCGAGAGCGUGUUCCCUCGAGUGGAUCUCGAACGGGAUGAAACCAAAAUCAUCAUAAGGCUGUCGAUACGAUAGUGUUUUCCCGUGGACCGUUCUAUCUGUCUCUCUAUCUGUCUCUAUCUCCCGAGUAAAGACUACUCCUUUUUUUUUUAAUCAAUAUCAAUAUUUUUUAUUACGAUUAUUAUUAUUAUUAUUAAUAUUAAUAUUAUAUUUUUAUUAUUAUUAUUAUUAUUAUUAUUAUUAUUAUUAUUAUUUUUUAUUAUUUGUUUGUUUGCCCUUUUCUCUUCCAUCUUAAAAAUUAACAGAUAAGAUUUCGUGACGUACUCCGUCGAAGUAUUCCAGUGUGUAGAAAAACUAGUAGUAUUUAUUUAUAGGUAAACGUGUAUUCAUAUAUGUCUAAAUAGGAAUCGAGCGAGAUGAUUCGCGAGAUAAUAAAAUACUGCCAUUCGUCCUAAAAAAGCUGAGAAAGGUGCGCGUGAAAGGUGUUGUUGUGUGUCGUCCUGAAUUAGAUAAGGAAAGAAAAAAAAAAAAUAUACGAAGACGUUCAUCAGGAUCCUGAAUGAACGUUCCUUCGGGGAGGCGUACGUACGUUAUUUUUCCUCUGUCGAGAAAAGUCGAUACGCCUUUUAAAGUGAAAGCGUGCGAAGAUAGAGUGUGAUGAUGAUAAUGAUAAUGAUGAUGAUGAUGAUUAUGAUUAUGAUGAUGACGAUGAUGACGAUGAUGACGAUGAUAACGAUGAUAACGAUGAUCAUAUAGUUUCUCCGAAGGAGGAGUUCAGAAUCGGUACGAAUGAACAAGGUGAACGCGAGGGUAACAUCCUCGUUUCCCCCCUCAUCCGGUUGCACCGAUCCGAAUCGUUCCACGGACGAAUCUAGAGUCUAGAGUCUCUUGAUGUUCGUAAAAAAAUAGUAACUUAAAUAUAGCGUAUUUUUCAUCGACUACUUCAUUCGCCAGAAAUAUGGAUUUCUGGUGAGGACAAGUUCUGUGGCGAGCCGACCAUAUUCUUCUCUCGUCCCACCCCCCUGUGAUGAUUUUCGUCCGAUGUGUGUGUGUUCGUUUGUUCUUCCUCUUCGGUUGAAUGAAUUUAUAUUUGAUAAUGAUAAUGAUAAUGAUACAGUUUGUGACAGUUGUGAUUUUAAGUCGUAUCUUUAAUCGUGUUCCGUUGAGAUCGAUAAAGACUUUUGUUAUCGUACCAAGUGAUAUUUCCACCAUGAUUUUCGCCUCCUCGUUCGAUGGGUUAACGUUUACAAAAACUCGGUGGGGUUCAGCAGCAACUUAUCUCCAGUUUUCUCGUUUUUUUUCACUUUUCCUUUUUCUCCUUCUUCUUCUUUUUUUUUUUCUUCUUGUUCUAUUCCAGAGUGUUCUUAAGUUCUUUGUCGAUCGAGUUUUCUUCUCUCCUCUCUAUUUACCCGAGGAGGGGGUAAACGCGAGAGCGAGCAGGAUCGUCGUACAAUUGUGAUGUAAUAAGAUAGUAAUUGCCAUUGGCGCGAUGAGAGGGGAUGACAGGGCUCUCAUCGCGCUCGCGAAACCUUUUUUAUAUUAGCAUUCCGACCAAAGGAAAAGGAAGUAGAGUUCGAUCGUGUGCACGUAGUGAAACGCAAGAUAUUUUCUGUCGUUCAUUUUUUAUAUUUUUUUCAAUUACAAUUUUUCUCCUCCCCUUUCGUUUCUUCGUAUAAAAAUGAGGCUUGAGCGAGGCCAUACUUAUCGUGGCUAUUAUACUUAACGAAAUUUCCCGUUUUCCCGUUUUUACCUUUCGUUUGUUGUUUUCUUCGUUGUUGUUGUUUUCUUCUUCUUCUUCUUCUUCUUCUUCUUCUUCUUCUUCAUCAUUUUUACCUCUCGUCCUUUUCACGCGCAUUGCACCCAAUUAGACGUGAAGAGGGAAAAAUGAUAAAUAGAGCACCGAGAAACACGAACAAAUUUUUACGCCCGUGUAUGAAACGUAGCCCCGUUGUAGGUUUAAGAGUCGAAAUAAAAGAAGAUUAAUUAGAAAUCGAGGGAAACGCGAUUAGAAAACGAAAUAGAAGCUAGAAUACUACUACCAGUCGAGCAAACGAUAAUCAAGCACAUGGGAUUAAGAUAAAACGCAAAGACCACAGAAGAUUAAUAAGAAGAAUAAAUAAAUAAAAAACGCAUGUACAUAGCCGCUUGUUCGUGGGGCCGUAAAGUACCAUAAUCUACGAUUGCUAUAUCCCCCUUUUCUCUAUGUUCGUUUUCGUGUUUUCUUUUCUCUUUCUCUCCCUCUCUCUCUCUCUUUCUUUUUUUUCCUUUUCUACAACUUUUGUUUCACUUACGGUAUUCUUCCCACCCAAUUUUUAUUUUUUUUACCUUCCUGUUUGGUUUCAAGUUUUACCACGCUUUAGAGAGAUGAUAAAAACGAACCUCCUCUCCCCAUAAGUAGGAGCAUUUUUACGUAGCAUAGUAGUCAGCCAUAUUGAGAACGUAUUAAUUAUAUAAAUAAACACGAAUAAAAGUAUAUAUAUAUAUAUAUUAAUAAUGGAAAACAUAUAUAUAUAUAUAAAUAUAUAUAUAUUUUAAAUGGUAUAUUUGAAUAUAUAUAUUAUUAACGAAAUGCUAUUUCGAGGCGUACCGUGCGAUAUAAAAAGAGAAAAAAAGAAAUAUAAUGAUAGUCGUAUAUCUCGAAAGGGCGAGCUCGAAGAGAAGAUGAACGAUUGAGAAACAAAGAAAGGCAAAGGGUCGAAAAAAAAAAGAAAAAAGAAACGGAGAAAACGGUGAUGUUUCUCGUUCGGAGAUGAUGAUUUUUUUUUUUUUUUUUCCUUUGAGAUUGACGAAGAACGGAGAACGACAGCCGAGGCUGGGACAUAAGCUGUAACUGUGACUAUUGUGGAUCGUGGGGGGCAGGCUGUAUCGCGAAUUUUUUCUUUCUCGACCUCGAUGACGUCCACCUCGUUUUCGAGCUUUUCACUCGAACCGAGUUUCACUUGACAAAAAAGACUAAGAAAUAAACAAAAAAAGAAACAACAACCCGAAAAGAAUCGAGUCAAUUUCCUUUCUGUCUUGGGUCGUCAAAGAGAAUUAUUAAAUCCAAAGAGUUGAAACCGGAAAUCAAUCAUCUCCAAUGAUCGAAGGUAUAAACGAAAAGGCUAGGUUAAUUGCCAAUGAAUUAUCCCGGCCAACCAAAUAGCAUAAGCAAUAUCGAACGAAAAGCAGCCCGCCCAUCCGAGAUCCCCGCGCGUCAAAGCGUCACUGUGAUCUCGUAAUUAUUAAUGAAAUAUCCGAUUAUUGUAACGAAUAAUCGCUAUGAAUAUUAUAAUGUACCCGUUCCCUUCUCCCCCUCCCAAUGUUCCCCCAAUCCCUCCAUCGAGAGUAAGAGAGAGAAAGGCCCCGUAAAUGGUGGAGGGAUCGCGUUUCAAUUCUCGCAUCGGAGAGUCCGGAGUCCUUUCGUUUUUUUAUUUUUUUUUAUUAUUAUUAUCUCCCUUCGUUUCGUUUCCAACAAAUUCCUUUCGCUUCCCUAAAUCCUCCAUUGUCCUCCCUAUCCUUGCGUUAUCUUUUUUUUUUUAAUGAAAUUACGUAAUCGUAAUCGUAAUCGUAAUCUUUAAUCGUUAAAUUUUCCAAUGAUCUCUCGGUGGUGCGUUCGAAGUAUGAGCAAACUGGCCGCCUAACUGUUCUAAUCUCUCUAAUAUUCUCUCUCUCUCUCUCUCUUUCUUUCGCUCUCGCUCUAUUUUUCUCGAUCGUGCCACCGAACUUUUCACUACAAUCAAGGUGAGGAAACAGGAAAGGGACGCCCGAAAGAGGGGAAAAAAAGAAACGUGGAAGCGUGAAAAUCGGUAAUUCACGUUCGGUGGAUGAUUCCCGCGGAAUCGAUUCUAAGCGCUAGGUUCACCACAACGAAGAUUGAUUAUUUCGCUCUGCGUUCCGCACUCCAUUAAAUCGGCCGCGAGCCUCUAUCGUUGUAUCGAUCAUUCAUUAUGGUUAAUUAAUCCCCAACAACCACCAUCCGUCGCAUCGUGAUCCGUGUAAGCUUUUGGGGGGUGGGGGAGGGGUGGUUACAACAGACUACGUUGUUUAAAGAGGUGAUCGACUAGUCUUUAUCGGACCAAUCGUUGAGAUACUUUUAUAUUUUUUUUUCUUUUUUUUUUUUUGUUUCGUUCUUCUUUUCCUUUUCGUUUUUUUUUGUUUUCAUUAAACGAAAUCCAAGUAAGAUCUCUUGUUCUUCUUUGUUCUUUUCUUUUCUUUUUUUUUUUUUUUUGUUCUCUCAACUCUUGACUCGCGUGUGCGACUUUUCGUUUCUUUUUUUUAUUUUCUUCGAUGAUAUUUUCUUUCGAUUUUGUUUUUUUAUUUCUCGCGUUUUAUAUAUAUAUAUAUAGUAUCGUCCAUUCCUAUUUUCGAGGAUCUUUGACCUCGAGAAGAUUAUUUCCCACCUGAUUUAUCUUUCUCGUUCUUGAAUGGAUGUAUAUGUAUAGUACACGAUGUGAAAUUUGAAUUUCCCGCCAGUAUUUAAGUCGGGGUUUUCUCGAGUCGCAUCGAGAAAACGCUCGAUCGAAAAAUGAAAAGAAAGAGAAUGUAUUUAAUAACGAAGAGAGGGGAAAAAAAAAGAGAAUUGCGUAUGAAUUUAAGAGACAUUUACACAUAUACACAUAUACAAUAUACAUACACAUAUACGAGUAUACAAUGAAACAAUGAUAUAAGUGCUAUAUAAUCACGCGUGAGAUCGGGCGUUAAAAGAGAAAGAAAAAGAAAAAAAAAAGUAAGAGAGAAUUUGAAGAGUAAUUGUUCAUUUGCUCAGAUUUGUCCUUAAGUUUGCCAUAAAAAAAAGAAAAAAAUGAAAAAAAAAAAAAAGAAGAAAAGAGAGAAUCGAAGAGGCGAUCUUUGUAAUACAAAUGCUGGCGAGCUGCGUCUAGUGUCUUAAGGGAAAACUGCGAUUAAUUUUGGAGCCGUUGCGCGUAUUUUCAGGUGCCAAUCACGGCAAAUUAGCCACGCGGAUUUUUGUAACUCAAGAGCCGAAACACAUUGCCAUUUUGUCACGUCGAUAUUCCCCCCAUUUCGCGAUUCCGCUUCAUGAUUAUCUUGUCUGUCUGUCUCUCUCUCUCUCUCUCUCUCUCUCUCUCUCUCUCUCUCUCUCUCUCUCUCUCUCUCUUUCUCUCUCUCUUUUUCUCUCUCUCUGGAAGUGACUCACAAAAGCGUCUGAUAUUAUUUUCACUUUAGCCGAAGAGAAAAAAAAAACAAAGAAAAAAAUGAAAAAGAGAUUCUAUUUAUUCUGCGUCGUAUCAGAUUAACGAAAUAAACGACAAAGAAAACGAAAAAUACUUGAUCAAAUUUUCUUUUCUAAAAUAAAAUUUUUUAAAAUUCGACAACAGCAGAGUCACGUCUAGGAGAGCAUUAAUUAAUCUUACUUAUCCGCCUGUAAUAUUCGACCGUGUGUAACCGUAAUUGAAUGUGCCCCACUUAAACUUUAAGACGACGAUGUUCGUACCCUGUUUCAACAACGCCUGAUUAAAACGAAAAAAAGAAAACACGAAAAAAAAGUAAUAAUAAUAAUAAUAAUAAUAAAGUAAUAACGUUACCUGUAGCCAAAUGUCCCGUGGACCAUUAUAGACCGCCGCGAUCUGUUCGUAACACUAUGUGCGAGAAAGGGCUAGAAAGCGUGUGAUCGAGACGCGUUGCGAGGCCAAUUUUUUUCUUUGGCCUCCGGCUCGCGAGUGCGUAUGAGAGAGCGCGUUUGCGUGAAAGGGAGAGAAAAAAAGAAAAAAAAAAAGAAAAAGAAAACGAAAGAACGGGGCGAGCGAAAGUAUUUCGCGAAAAGCCUCGUCCAGGCUUGAAGAAAAAAAAGUCGAGGCGAAACGAAACGAAGAAAGAGGCGAGAGGAAAAACAAAAAGGACGAAGAGAAGGGAAAAAAGAGGAGAAAGAGAGGACAAAGAGGCGUGGCGAUUCUCAAGCCGUUUGUAAAGCUCGCAGCAACCUUGUGAUAGAGUCUGGACUCGGAGAAAACCUGUUCACCUUUGCUACUUUCCUUCUUUUUCUUUCCGCUCGGGAGGCGAAGAAGCGAGAAACGUGAGGAAAAUGGUCGCUCUUCGAUCGUUCCGUAGCUCAGCUCGUAUCUCGGAAUGGACUCGUUCUCUUCACCGUUGCAGGGAAAGAAAGACAAGGAAACGUGGGGAGAAGAAAAAAAAAAUAAAUAAGAAACGAAAGCAGCGAAACAGCGAACGAAAGACAACAAAGAGAGAGAUAUAAAUAUAUAUAUAAUAUAUAUAUUGUAUAUGCUUAGAGGCGUAUAAUAGAGAAUGUUUUGCGCGAAAUCGUUUUAUUGCGAAACGUGGGAGAAAGAAAUACAUAUACUAUAUAUAUUUUGAAACGAAAUUUCGUCCAGCUGACCAAUCCAAAGAAGCGACCAAAUAAACGAAGGAGAGGGAAAACGAUGCGAGCCGUUGCACAACGCUUGAGGUGCUUUAAAAGAAGAAGAAGAAGAAGAAGAAGAAGAAGAAAAAUGAUAAAAAUAAAAAAGAAAAAAGAAUGGCUGAAGAAAAGAAGAAAUAGAAAAAAAAAGAAAAAAAAAUAGAAGACAAACACACAAUUUUUCUACUAUGUACAACUUACAAAAAAAACUCCGUGCGCGUAAGAGGAGAUUUCUUUCUCUCUUUCCUUUUUUAAGAGUUUUGCGUUUUCGCUUGACGACUGUCCCGAUGCGAGUGAUUGGAUGCAAGAUAUACGGCGGUCACGUGAUAUGUUAUUUACAAGCGUAAAAUACCGUAUUAUGUAACAGGCCCCCCUUAGAUCACAUAUAAGUGAGAAAAGAGCGGUAUCGUUAAUUUAUUUUGUGUUAUUUCCACAUUUUUCUCUCUUUUCUUUAACAUCUUUUUACUACAUUUGAUCUCUAUCUCUUCUCCUACUCAUUUUCUCAGUUUUUUAAAUUUCUUUCUUUUCCAAUGUUUGUUUUGUUUUUUCUUUUUUUAAAUUCUAAAUAUUCUACGUCUAUGGAUUGGAAUUGAUUUUUCGAAAAGAAAAGAGAACAAGAAGCAUCCCCACAAAGGGAUGCGUAACGCCGCGACGUUUUACUUUUUCUUUCUUGCAUUUUCACUUUCCUUUCUCUUUCUGGAGGCGUUUCUCUCGCUCCUCACUUUUCUUCUUUCCGUCGAGAUUCUCUUUACUCUUUAAACGAAUGUACGGCCACGACUUUGCCCGUUCUUCGUUGAUCUCUCGAAUCUUUUCCUCAAAAAAAAAAAAAAGAAAAAGAAAAAAAAGAAAAUAAAGAAAGAAAGAAAGAAAGAAAAAUCUUAACAGAGAAACAAAUAUCGAGAAAUCAACGAGGAACCCGCAAAACGAAGCCCGAAUCAUACGAUGCUGUGUUAUUUAAGUCACUACAGACCAUACGUUAUUGAUUACUUUUGAUUUUAGUUUAUGACAAUUUUUUUAUGUUAUUAAUUUUAUUUCGAAUACGAUUUUUAAGCGCUCCGCGAAUAUGUAUUAAUUAUUAUUAUCUAUUAUCUAUUAUUAUCUAUUACAUGAUUGAAUAUUAUUAUCCGAAUAUUAUUAUUAUAUUAUUUUAAUAUUAUUAAUAUUAUUAUUAUUAUUAUUCUAUAAUCUUAACAUUCUGUAUCAUCACUCCCCAUGGUCGAUUAUUCUUUUUUUAUUAUUAUUAUUAUUAUUAUUAUUAUUAUUAUUAUUAUUAUUAUUAUUUUUCUCUCUACGAAUUGUUCUCGCGUCCGCUGCCCGAUCGCCGGUCGACGCAUCGCCCUUGAAGACGUCGCGACGCCUUCUCUCGUUCUCUUCUCUUUCCUCUUCUCUCGCGCGUUUUUUUCCCCACUCAUCUUUCGUCCUUUUUCUCUCGUUUCUUUUUUUUUCCUUUUUUUCCCCUUCUCCUCCUCCUCUUCCUUCUUCUUCUUCUUCUUCUUCUUCUUCUUCUUCUUCUCGUUCGAGGUGUUACACGAGAAUAUACACGAAAAACAAACACACGAGUUACAUACGAAUUGACUGACGGUCUUCGCGUGGCGUAGCGUCGACCAUUGGGAGUUCGCAAAGGGACGGGGGCAUCUCUUCGCUACCCGCAUGUCUUUCAUUGUACAGAUUUUUUCACUUUUAUAUAGUUAUCGAUAUAUCGUAACGUUAUGAAACGUCGAUUGCGGCGGUGUCAUUAUGUGUCGCCGUACCAUUAUUGUACUUGAUUCAUCUUUUUUUUUUUUUUAUUAAUUGAAUAAAUGUGAACACGCCGAAAGUAUAUCGAGACGUUCGGGUGAUUCUUCGAGCGCA